UUUCGAGGGUAUGGGUACCUGCAAUGAGAAAUCCACGGACUAUAACCGAUUUGCCGCUGGAAGUCCUCGACCUGAUAUAUACGAACUUGCGAAAUCUGAGAGACAAACUUCGAUUGGCCCAGGCCCAUGAAUAUUUGGGAAAGGCAUUUUCCUACCACAGCCGCAGUGAUUACAAGAGGUUUACCCCAAAAAUAUAUUUUCCGGUUCGGCUAUAUCGUGUUCUCCUGACGGAAUGUGGCUCCUCCAUUGUGGAGUUCAUCUGUGGAUCGGACACCUGGAGCGAUCUGUUGGCCAAAUCAAUUGCAAAGAACUGCCCUAACUUGGAAUCGGUGAACAUUAGUGUUACGUUGAGGAACACGAUGAGUGUUCAAUCAUUUCUGCUGAAUAUGGCUAAUUCAUUAAUAUCGGUCGAAAUAAAACUGAACGACGGUUGCCAAUCGCCUAGGGUACUUAAUGCCUUGGCAGAGCUGAAAAACUUGAGGAAAUUGCUGUACGAAGGAUACAUUGACAGAGGAGUAAACCAGCUGUACAAAUUAGUUAAUUUAGAGGAGCUAAAACUCGACUACAAAGGCAGGGGCUACAGAUGUAGAGCGAUUAAUCUGCUGCAGAUUUGUGGACAAAUGACAAAUCUCCGAUGUUUAACCGUGAGCAACAUAUGUAUAUCCCCACCAGACGGUUUUCAUCCCAUGAUUUGGCCAAAUUUGAAAGAUUUAAAAAUGCAGAACUGUGAGAUCAGCACAGUAUUACCCGAUUGUCCGAAGCUAAAAAUAUUGUAUGUAAAAUCCUGCAAAUGCAGAAUCAAAGGAUACGUCUGCAGUUUCAUUCUGAAGAACGGUAAAGAUAUCGAGGAAAUUGAUGAGAGCUGUGAGCCGGCACCGUUCGAUUGUCCUAGUUUCCUUCAAGUGAUCCGUAGCUGUGAGAAAUUGCAAUUGUUUUCCACUCCAUUGGUGGGCAUCAAAAUCUACCAAGGAUUCGUUACUUCCCUAGUGGACAUUCUCAAGGAUAAUGCAGCAAUGCGGAAAGAGCCCUUCGAACUGAUCUUGUACUGCCGAGAUAAGCUCAGAUGGUUUCGGCGAUUUCUUCAUCGGACCUCAGAUCCCGGAGUUAUACAUACGCUGUACCUGUACAGAUUUUGAGGACUGGAAAACUGUCACUGAUAGAAAUUUAUAAAUAAAUUUUGCUCAAUUUUAAAUUGUAUAUUUCAAGAAAAUUGUAAAUUCUGUUAAAUAAGUAAUGUUAGACUUUUAAAUUGUAUUAUUAAAAUGUUUUGUCCUGCCAAAAAUGAUCUAUUUUAAAAUAUAAUUUGUUAGAAAAAUAA